CAAGGCGUUCUGGGUAGGCACGUCCAGCGAGUCAGUAGAUGAACCGAUCCGUUAGCCGAGGUGUCCUGUUGAAGAAGUGUUUUUAAGUUGUUUGUUGAAACUGUGAACUGUGAAUGGGACCAAGGCAAUGUGAAAAAAACAGUAUUAUUGUUAUUAAUAGCUAUCAGUUGUUUCUCCUCCAGGUAUGAACAGGAAACGGGCUCUGAUUUCAGACACUUUCAAGGUGAAGAAAACAAGAAAUGGCACAGAGAAGUUUGGAGCUGUCAGUAAUGGAGAUGGACUGACUGACGUCAAAUCCACCGUCGAGUACCUCAUGACACUGUUCCCCAGGAAGCUCUUCAAUGACACCUUGCCUCAGAUUGUUUUUAAGCACCAACUCUACAGCAUACACAGUGACAAGACUUUGGUGGACAAGGAGCUGAAUAAACUGUGUGAGCGAGGAGAACUGCUGAUGUUCCAGCUUGGAUUUGAUGCGGAAGCUUUCGGGCUGAUUUUUGCUUCCGACUAUAAGGCCAAAGUGCUGGCAGGAGAGGAAGGCAGAGAGACACAAGCCACCGUGAAGAAGUUCUUGGAGAAAGUGCUGUCGUCUUGCACAGAUCUGAGCUUCAGCAAAGACAAGAUGCUGAGGGAGUUCUUAUUCACAGACUCCGAGAUAACGCAGCUGGUUAAGUCGGGGGUCCUGACUGUGAGGGAUGCAGGCAGCUGGUGGCUUUCAAUUCCCAACUCUGGCAAAUUCACCAAGUACUUUAUACAAGGUCGCAAAGCGGUGCUCGGCAUGGUGAAGAAGUCCAAAUAUAGCGAAGUCUUAAAGGCAGAGCUAGAAGAGCGACGAACAACCUCUCAUGUGAAAUUCCAUAUGAAAUACCACAUCCAUGACAUUGUUGGUGCAGAGCUGGUGGAGAGCAUACCUACAACUUCAGGGACAUUGUUGCGAUUUGUAGAUUCCUGAACCACAGCAACAAGACAGACUGAUCGGUGCUCGUCGCAGCCAGGAAGAGACUGAAGAUGAGAAAUGCUUAAGAUGUACAAAGUGUUUGUAUGAAGACGGAGAUAGUAAUGUAAGAUUUCAGAUUUAGAUUCUGUGCCAAAAUGUAUUAUAAAACCUUGUGGGUUUAUGAAUCGUCAAUUAUGUUGACAUGACACGUGUCAGGUUUGGUUUGUAAUAAAAACUGAUUUACUUUC